UUCCCAAACCGGAAACGUAAAUUAAACGUUCGGCGCCAUUGUUUUGAUAAACACAAAAACAAAGUGUAAAUCCAGUUCAAUCUGCAAAACUGUUGCAUGAAUUUGACUUUAAUUCUUACAAGAUAUAAUUAAAAGGCAGAUAUGUCUAUAGGCGUGCCUAUUAAGGUGAUGCAUGAGGCUGAAGGCCAUAUUGUUACUUGUGAAACUACUACCGGCGAAGUGUACAGAGGAAAAUUGGUAGAAGCCGAGGAUAAUAUGAAUUGUCAAAUGGCGAACAUUACUGUUACUUACAGAGAUGGAAGAGUAGCACAAUUAGAAAAUGUUUAUAUCCGUGGUAGCAAAAUAAGAUUCAUGAUUCUACCUGAUAUGUUGAAAAAUGCUCCCAUGUUCAAGAAAGUUCAAGGCAAAGGCCAAUCUGCCGGUCGAGGAAAAUCUGCAAUUCUUAGAGCACAAGCUGCAAGAGGACGUGGUCGAGGUGGUGGAGGAGGAGGCGGCGGAAGAGGGCGUGGUGGACCAAUGUUUAAUCGAAGAUAAUCACAUCACAAAUCAUUUCAUAUCCAGGACAGCAUCUAACAUGUUCAUCGAUGAACUAAAAUACAGUCUGUGUCGAGAUAGGCUGACGUGUGUAUUGUCAGCUUUGUUGCUGUAGAUAUUGUUUUUAUAUUUUGUAUAACUGUGAUUGAGUGUGAAAGUGAUUGCUCUCUGCAAUGUAACAGUGAAAUGAUGUGAAAUUGAAUGGUGUUUGAUGUAGGAUGUGUAUCACUAAAGACAGUUGAUAUUGAUUCCAUAGAAUUGUUAUAGGUUUUAGACCGCUGUAUCCAUGUUUUCAUCUCCCAUUUUGUAUCCAUGUUUUAUUAUUGAAUGUCAUUGUGAAUAAUUUAGCUAUUACACUUUUAUAUAUGUUUGUAUGGCAUAAAGUUACAUUAAGUCUCUUUAAACUUUUAAAAGAGUGAACUUUCAAAAUAAUUAAUUUUUUCAUUGCAACAUAAUACAUUCAUCAUUACAAAGUGGUUAGCAAUUUUCAAAGUGGUUGAUUAAUGGUCUUCUAUUGUUGUUGUAAAUCAAAAAACUUGUUAAUAAUUUCUUUCUACAAGUUAUUAUAAAUCAUAGAUUAAUUAAUAUCACUAUCAGUGUUUUACAGUUAAA